AUGUAUCGCACGGACCAAAGGAUGUUUCAUUGCCGACAGAGUUUUCGUCAAAAAUUUGUUCAUUUCGUACAAAGGACAACUUUGUGUUCGUCCUGGGCAAUGGGUCUUUUUCCCUUCACAUACAACGAUGGAUCAAGGAAAUGGAUACGUUCCAAAUGGCUAAUUGGUUAUGGACUUCUUUUGAAUUCAGGUCUCAUUUGGCUAAUGAUAAGCAGUGAUUCAAACACGAUAUCAGCAGAACACUAUAAUCUGGUGACUUGCAGAAAUUUUGAUUCCUUGGUUUUGAACAAAGGCUUUUCCGUUUUGAUGCAAUUCUCUUCGAUGUGGUUGCUUCUCCUCAGCAUGACAAGCAACUACAGUCUAAUUGCUUUAGUCGCUGUAAUAAGCCUUAGUCUGACUGGAACUACCAUACUCUUACUCUCCAUGAACUAUCAUAUAGCAGUCGCUACCAUUUAUCGUUUGGUGUGGCUUAUCAAUGGUAAACUUUUGGAGCUAGUCAAUAGACUGAGAUCAGGACAGACGGUAAAUUCGGUAGAGAUUGAUUUACUUCUAUUCCUGUAUAAUCGACUCUUAAGUCUAAACACUCGCCUGGCAGGCAUCUAUGACUUGCAAAUGACAAUGGUCAUGGUGACUUUUUUAACCGCAAAUAUUAUCUCCAUAUUCUUUAUGAUCGUCUAUUCCAUAACGUUAAAGAACACAAUGUCAUUACCAAUGUAUCUUGUGCUGGGUCACGCUUGGCUUGUAAAUUUCUGGGAUUUUUGGCUGAGUAUUGUCAUCUGCGAGCUGGCUGAGCGCACCGGCAAACAAACUUCUGUGAUCUUAAAGCUCUUCAGCGACUGCGAUAAUAUAGAUACAGAUUUGGAAAGAAGUAUCAAUGACUUUGCAUUAUAUUGCACUCAUAGUCGUUUACGAUUUCGCCACUGUGGAAUGUUUUAUGUGAAUAAAGAAUCUGGUUUUCAUAUGAUUGUGACUAGUAUUCUAUACUUACUUUGGUUAGUACAAUUUGAUUUCAAAAACUUGUAG